GGGAGGUGUUUAAGGAAAGAGUGGACAUGGUACUUUGUGCCAUGGUCUGCUUGACGUGCUGGGGAUGGGUGGAAGGCUGGAUGCCAGUUGAUCUCAGAACUUCUUCUCCCCCCCAGCAUUUCCAAUCACCCUAUUUUUGGAGUCAGGGGCUCUGCUCCUUUCUGCCUAAAAACAAAAUCGAAAGAUAAAAGGAACAUGGCCUGUCUUUAUUGCACAUUUUUUUCUCCUGCUUCUUUCUGUGAACUGUGAAUUUUGAUUUAAAAGCAUAACAGCUUUUAAUUAAUCAGAGAUUUGAGGCUUGAACAGUGAGUUUCAUCUACUCCCCUGCAGACACUCCUGGGAACUUGUUUUCUCCAGGCUCCCUCUAUAGUCAGUGGAGACAAGAGAAGGCUCUGCAGGCUGGGUUCUCCCAGUCUAAAAAUGGCAGGCAAAAGAAAGCUUACAGAUCUCUUCCUGGCACUGUUCUCUUGUUCUGCCUUUUGUUGGGAACUUUUGAGAGCAAAAGCAACGAGCAACUGUAUGGAAACAAGUGCCUUUUUGUGCAGAUGGGUGUGAGAUGGGACUCUGUGACACACUGUGUGGAUCCAUAACAAAUGCUGCUCAUUGUUUAGAGGACUAAAAAGGCAAGUCAUACUUGGUCGCUAUUCUGCCCUCCCCUCUCUUUUCCUGAAGAACCAGAGAGCAAGAAGCUGUGGCAGAAAGUAGGGGAUUGCAAAAUACUUGAUACUGAUUAUCUUGAAACCACCAGAUUCUUGGGGAUUCCCAGUGCAAAAGGCAAACACUGAAAAGUAGAAACAAGAGCUUUAAACAUACAGAGUGGAUGUGAUUUCAUGGGUUGGCAUUUACGCAGUAGAAGAGAGGUUUUUGGCACAUAGGUGUGACAGAUGUUUGCAAUAGGUCUGAGUGAGCUUGGAAUUUCCCAGGAAUGGGGUGAAAUGGCCAACAGCCUCUUUAGAAUCCUCUGCUCUCGUGAAAGAAAAAGUAGAAACAAGACAAAAAAAAUCCCUGAGGACUCCAAGUGAAAUGUGAAACAGAAAAAUCAGGGGGUGAGAAUUGCUUGAAGGACAAUCUCUGUGCUAUACAGGAAGACUGCAGGAAAAGAAAGGAGCAGAGAGGGAAGGAUAGAACAUUUAGUCCAGACUGUGAAAUUAUCACCCUGGGUUUUGCCACGUUCCUGUCUCAGCAGGAGGAACUGAAAUUCAGCAUGGGAGCAACAAAUGAAACAGCAGUUACUGAGUUCAUCCUAGAGGGUUUCCCAGAGCUUGAUCAAAGGCUGCAGCUGUUUCUCUCUGUGAUCCUUCUGCUCAUGCACCUGACAACAGUGACAGGGAAUGCAACCAUCAUUUUCCUCGUGCAUGGGGAUCACCACCUGCAAACCCCCAUGUACUUUUUCAUUAGCAACCUGGCCUUCCUGGAAAUCAGCUUUACAUCCUCCACAAGCAUCAAACUGGUUGCCAUCCUGAGUUCUGAUCAGAAAACCAUCUCCCUGAGCAGCUGCUUUGCCCAAUCCUAUUUCUAUUUUGCCCUGGGUGGCACAGAGUGUGUCCUGCUCAUUGUCAUGUCCUUUGACCGCUGUGUUGCCAUCUGCCAACCCCUGCACUACGCUGCCACCAUGCAGCCUCAGCUCUGCCUCGGCCUGGUUGUUGCUGCCUGGGUCAUCGGCUUCACCCUCCAGAGCUACCACCCACUCUUCCUCUCUCAGCUGUCCUUCUGUGGCUCCAGCAGGAUCCCCCAUUUCCUUUGUGACAACUCCCCCUUAUUCCAGUUGUCCUGCUCUGACACCAGCCUGCUUUGGAAAAUAGACACUGCUUUCAUAUCAUGUGCAGUGCUGGGCUCCUUGGCUUUAAACCUGGCAUUUUACACCUGCAUCCUUUUCUGUAUUCUGCAGCCUCCAGCAGCCUCUGGGAGGAAGAAAAAAGCUUUUACUACCUGUUCUUCCCAUCUCAUCACCUUAUCCAUUGCAUAUGGGAGCUGCAUUGCUCUCUACACGUGUCCUUCAACAGAUGCUUCCUUGAAGACCAACAGAAUUGUAGCUUUGCUGAACACAGUGCUGUACCCAUUCUUAAAUUCAUUCAUCUACAGCUUUAGGAAUAAGGCUGUGAUAUUGGCACUGAACAAAUCCAUUGCCAAGACAAGAGCAAAGCUCUUCCCCUAAUCAUGAUGCAUUUCUGGACAUAAAUUCCAAGGAUCUACUCCCACAUGUUAAACAAUACCAGGGCAUAUAUUUGUAACCUCCAAACGUGGAGGCCUCGGAAGAUUUAUGCUCUUGUCAACUUGAGUCAGGUUAAGUGAUAAGAAGCUCAUCUGCACACCCAGACAGGACACUAACAGUGGUAGGAGGAGUGACAGGGCAGUUAAUGCUCUGCCCUGGCUGCUCCAUCCCUGCAGAGCCAUCAGCUCACCAGGAAUCCAUCUCCAAACAGAGAGAGCACAGAGGAACAGUGGCAAGGGACAACCCAAAUUACGGGCUCCUGAGAAAGGGACACCAUGUCCCAGCUCCUUCCAGGGCUGCCCUGGCAGAGCCAUCAGCCCUGUUGUCCAGGUUUGAAAGCCCUAAGGCGCUGAGAGCAGAUCACCAUUUGAACUAGGGGGAUUGCUGCCUUGGAGUGUAGGACACAUUCUGGGAGGCAGGAGAAGAGCAGUUUUGGAUAGCACAGGGCUUGAGGGAAGUUGAGGGGAGGACCCCAACCAGUGCGGUCUGUUCUGUCUUCUCAUUAAACUGAAUUUCUAACUCCUGUGUGAGCCAAUUUGUCUCUGCAAGAGCUGGUGAGCGUGGGGGUGGGAGUGCAGCAACUGCAGGAGGAGCAGGGCAUCAAACAGCCCCCAUGUCAACAGUGCUGGCAACGGAGCGACUGGAGCGGCUGGACUGCAGGGUCGGAGGGUGUGUGAGUGUGGGGGUGUCCUGGGUGGGAGUGGAAGGCUUAGACAAAACCUUUAAAGAAGCUCAACUGCUGUUGAGUCCACAAGGUACAGAAAGGAUCCCCUGGCUUUCUGAAUUCCUUCUCAGAGAGGAGCCUGAGUGUGGCUGGAUCCAAUCUAAGCCUCGGGCUGUGUCAACGGUUUAAAUUAAGGAAUUCCAGAGGUGUGAUUAAAUCACUUUGUCUUGCAGGUUUUAAUGAUGGCAGAUCAGAGGUAUUUAUAUAAAAUGAAUUAUUUAUUAUGACAAAUGAACUGGCAAGUGAAAACAGAUGAAAAACCUUAAUCAGAAUGAUUUACCGCAGGGUGAAGAGACUAAAAACCUACUAGUAGGGUAUAAUAUAGCAUCAAGUAGUACAGUGCAGUGUAUCAAAGCAAUUCUAUUAAAGCAAUUCUAUCAAAACCAGCCAAAGAAAUAAGCAUUAAGAAGAGAUUGAUAUAAACCAC